AGCUAGCUAGAAAAACAAAAUAUCAAAGCACAAAUUGUCUAUCGACGUUUAAUCAACAAUUAAUUUAGAGAAGCAAACAUAAUAUAACAUAUAUGGCUGAAGAGAAACAACAUCACCGUUUGUUCCACCACAAGAACAAAGAGGAAGAAGGUGGUCCAGUUGAUCAUGAAAAAAAUGUAAAGCACCAUAGCCAUCUCCAGAAAAUUGGUGAACUUGGUGCUGUUGCUGCCGGUGCUUAUGCCUUGCAUGAGAAGCAUAAGGCAAAGAAGGAUCCAGAGAAUGCACACAAACACAAGAUAAAACAAGAGAUAGCAGCAGUAGCUGCAGUUGGUGCUGGUGGAUUUGCAUUCCAUGAACAUCAUCAGAAAAAAGAUGCCAAGAAAGAAAAAAAGGCUGCUGAGAAAGGACACCACCACUAAUUAAAUUUAACUACUACUAUCAUUUUAGCAGCUAUAUAUAUAUCUAUGGACUGCCUAUAAAAUAAAUAAAAGUUACUACGAUUAUGUGUUUUUGUAGUGUGGAUGUUUCUAUGUUAAUCUCACCUUGUAACACUUUUUCUAUAA